AUGGCAUCAUACCUGACCGGCAGUGAGGCCUUCACCCGGGAGAAGCAGCCCAGUCCUGAGAUCAACACAGCAUCCACAGCAGCAUGGGCCGACAAGUACCGUGGUGCAACAAUCGAGGAUCUCGACCCACCUCCCGCCCUUUCAAUCUCCUCCCAUGACCCAAUCUCCACAGCCAUGCUGGCCGCUUACGAGCGUGACUACACGCAUCUGACCGUCAUCUCCUCCUCAAAGCGCUUUCUGCUCGGCUACCUCAGCAUCCCCCGGCUACGAGAGCUGCUGCAGGCCGGCACUGUGAAGGAAAGCGACCCCGUCUCAGCAGCGAUGCAGCGGUUCAACCGCAAGCGUGGCAUCUACCAAGUCAUCACAAUGGAGACACCGCUCGAGGAGCUGGAGCAGUUCUUCGAGAGCGAGACAGGUCCGAAUGGCGAGAAGCGCGAGAAGCAGCAAUUCGCUGUUGUCACCGAUGUGGCACGCAAGUUUGUCCUUGGUGUUGCUACUAAACAGGAUUUGGAGGAGUUCGUUAAGCGCAGACCUACCUAG